AUGACGCUCCUGAAGUGGCUAUGGGCGGAAGAUGGGACUGGAAAUACUCCGCCGGAACUGAUAUACUAUGUCCUGCGCGGGAGCAUGUUUGUUCUGAGCUUUGUUAUGGAGGACUGGGCGAUCCAUGAGUUGGUGGCAUCAUCUUCACGACUCCGUCGCCAGACAGUCGUCCUGGUGGCAUCCUCCUAUGUUACCUGGACUUUCCAGACACAUACCUUCUCGAAUUCGUUGGAGACAUUGCUUGUCGUGUGGAGCUUAGUUUUGAUACAACGCAUUCUCGAAAACAAGCAAAAUUCGUCUAUCUUCGCAUUCAUUGUUUUCGGCCUCAUAUCUUGCUUCAUCGCGAUCUUCACAGACACGAAUUUCUACAGCGCAUCCAUAACAUCCCUUUCCGACGUUUUCCACAACCCAAUCAUUACGCCCCUCAACAACCUGUUCUACAACUCCGACGUUUCAAACCUCGCUAACCAUGGCCUCCAUCCGCGCUACAAUCACUUCCUUGUCAACCUACCCCAACUCCUUGGUCCCAUCUACCUCCUCUUACUCUACUCCUUCAUAUCCUCAAGUUUCCGGUUCGUGCUUCUCCCUCAGGAACCUCCGCGCCAUCUCAGCCCUUUCAGCAACAGUCCUCCUCUCCAUCUUCCCCCACCAAGAACCCCGCUUCCUAAUCCCCUGCCAUCCUGGGUCCUCUUCAACGCUGCUCUAGGUAUCCUCAUGGGCAUCUAUCACCAAGGCGGGGUGAUCCCAACACAACUCCACCUACCCACCCUCCUCGCCAACUCAACCGCGCCGCUGACUUCCUCCCCGGGAUCAGGGGGGAUGAAUUCUAAACCAGACAACUCAAUGCCGAUACGAAUGCCCAGCGGCACUGUCACCGCUUUCUGGUGGAAAACCUAUCCCCCACCCUCUUGGAUGCUAGGUGAUCUGAGCAAUACUAGCGUCCCACAUCUUUCUUUCUCCAGCAUCUCCACCAUUGACCUUAUGGGUAUUCCUGGCCCGGAGAUGAUGGAGAGACUCGAACGGUCUGUCCCGAAAUGCUACAGCGAUCGCAAGCCAAAACACGGCAAACCUGCUGCCAAACGUAACCAUGAGCACCAACAGCUGGAUCCCAAUGCGGGUAAUGAUGAUGGCGCGGUGAACAGUAACAAUAAUUAUAAUAAUAACAAAGUCAAAAUCCAACACGACAACCCAACCCUCCUCAUCGCGCCGAACUCGAAUACGUUUCUGGAUAGAUAUGUUGCUGUCCGUACUGGUUCUGCAUCCGCUGCAGAUGCGGAUGCGGUUGCAGACAGGACAAAUGAGAACGAGGAAAAGGAUAGGGGAAGCCUGCACUACUUGCAACUGCACCUCCUUUGGUCAUAUGCGCGCCAUUUGAAUCUGGAUGAUAUGGAUUUUGGCGAGAAUGGAGUGUGGCCGACGCUGAAGCGGGUAGUGGGGAGGAGGGGUUUGAAUGUUUGGUUGGUACGGAGGUUAGGAUGUUUGGAUGGAAACUGA